UUACGAUUCCAUCGGCAGAUGCAUUAAAUUCUUUCCUACUCCCUACAUCAAAUAAUGUAGCAGGACUUGACGCAUUGAGUCAGAACAUUCCAACUAUUGCAGAUAUUGAAACUAAAUUGGAUAAUAUCGUGACCAUUCCUUUUGAACAACUAAGAAAAUUGGUUCAAUCAACAAUGUCAAAUUUAACUUUUAAUCAAACAGUAUUGCCCGUUCCACCUCCAAAUAAUUUAAAAUUUUGUGCUAAUGGUUUGGAUCUUAGUAUUCUUGACCAAAUAUCACGUGACCUUAUAAAAGCCGCGACAAUUGGAAUAGUUAUAAUUUUCAUAAUUGGUCUUAUAAUGAUUACUAUUAAUGCAUUUUACAUAUGGAUUUCCUACAAACGUUUUAUAAUACACGUUAAUCGCACUGUUACCACCUGUCAAUUAAUAACCGUUAAUUCAAGCAGAGAAUCAAUAUUAGAUAUUAUAAAAAUCGCCGAACAUCCAUUGAUAUCACGAUGGAUCAUCAAAACGUCAAAAUUUUUUAAAAGAACUGAAAAUCAAAAUUUGUAUCGAUGGUAUUGGGAUUACAUAUUAUAUAAACCAGCACUUAUUUGUUUAACAAUUGGAAUUGCUGGUGUGUUGGGAAUAUACUUACAAAUAGCUAUCUUGAAUGUAGUUCGGCAAAAUUACCAUGCGCCAAUUCAACAGGCAAUAGGUGCAUUUGGUGAUACUGUACUGAAUUUAAUGAAUUCACAAUUGAAUAAUACAUCACAACAAUUUGCCAGUGGAAGCAAUUCUGUGAUAUCAACCUUGGAAAAUGGGAUUAAUCAAGAUCUAUUUGGAUGGGUAAACAUCACAACCACAACAUUGAACAACACUCUUAAUACAGCAGUUGAUGAUAUUUCUUCAUUUAUACAAACUACAUUCCAAGGUGUACCAGCAUUAUCAACAGCAGUUCAACAAAUUGUAAAUUGUUUGAUUAUCGUGAAAAUAGAAGGAAUUCAAGCAGGACUAACUUUUAUCAAGGAACAUGCUUCUAUUGAGUUACCUAAAGUGAAUAAUAACAUAUUAAUGGUUAGUCCUUUGAGAAUGAAAGAAGCAGUAAGUAAAACUACUGAUCAACUUGUUGGAUCACAGGAUGAUGCAGCAAAUGGGGGUAAUGGGGGUGAAAUUGGUAAACUUUUUGAUAAAUAUGAAAACAGGCUACGUUCCGAACUUACAUUGUUUCUAGUAUUGAUCGGAGCAUAUGUAGCAGUAAUUUUUAUGGGUGCGAUUUAUGUGUUGUGGUUCAUUUAUCAACGUAGACGAAGAAAUAAUAUGUUGCUUAAAGAAGAAUCACUUAAGAAAUCGCACAAAGAGGAAUCUAUAAAAAAUUUUAC